AUCAAAUCUAUUGUCUGAUAUAAAUAUAUAUUUUCAGAGUCGUCUCUAAAGACAGUACAACCCUUAAUAGAAUAUACGGAAAGGUGUUUAAAUAAACAUGGCUGGAGACGGUUGGUCGUCCAUUUACAUUCACAGAGGAUUAUGUGGAAUAUCUUUAAAACAACAAUGUAUAUCAAUAGGUGUAACAUACUCAAUAAUUGCUUUCCUCAGUAUCAUUGGAGCAAGCAUGAUGUUACAUAAUCCAACUGGAUAUUUACCGCUGGGUAAAAUUGCAGUUGAUGGAUCUAGAGAAAAUAUCAGUGUGAAUCAAUUCGAGGAUGGUACUCAAGAAUCUACAAUGGACGAGAUCGAUGAAUUAACCAACGAAGCGUUAAAAGAAAUCGGAGCUAACGGAAUUGAAUGUAAGUUUUUGUCUUUCAUUUCAUUUUUCUGAUCAAGUAUGAACUAG